AUGGCAGAUGAGAUCGCCAGGGCUCAGGCCGCCCGACGUGGCAGUGACGCAAUCUUCGGAAAGAUCGUCCGCAAAGAAGUCCCAGCCAAAAUUGGUUUUGAAGAUGACCGGUGCCUUUCUUUUCAUGACAUUUCCCCGCAAGCACCAACACUUUUUUUGGUGAUACCCAAGAAGUACAUUUCCCAGCUUUCUGUUGCAGAAGGUGAUGAAAGUCUCCUUGGACAUGUAACGAUGGUUGGCAAGAAACGUGCAGCUGACCUGGGCCCGAACAAGGCUUAUCGCAUGGUGCGGAAUGAAGGUUCGCACGGGGGACAGUCCGUCUGUCGUGUCCAUCUUCAUGUUCUCGGUGGUCGGCAGAUGAAUUGGCCUCCUGGUUAA